AAUUUUCUCCCUUCUGCCAGUGCACAGUGCAUUACAUGCCUCAAGCAACACACUCGACAAGGAAGCGAAAGCACUCCGAAUCAAACGUCCACGGGCUUUCAAAAAAAAGAUCUAGGCAUGCGAGCAAGGUCAAGCACGACAAGGGAAACACGAGGGAUACUGGAUUUCAAGUCGUAAAGGCCUCACUAGUGGUCUCCGUUCCUCCCAUAUUCAGCAUCGACCCAAAGUCGGGUGUUGCUGAGAUGCUUGACUCCAUGAUAAUGCGGUAUAUUCCCGCAUUCGAAGGCGUUGUGCUUUCACACUCAAACCCUCGGUUCUUAGAGAAGCAGGCCUCAAUACGAGCUGAUUGUCCAUUCCUGAUAUGCAAAAUAUCUUUUGAUGCCACCGUGUGGCGACCGCGGGUUGGCAUGAAGCUUGUCGGGAAAAUCAACUUAUGUUCACCCGAUCAUGUCUCAUUGCUCGUUCACAAAACUUUUAACGUGUCCAUACCACGACAUCACAUACCGACCGAUCAAUACGUAUUUGAGUACGGACCAGCUGAGAAUGACCCAGAGUUUGGGGUUGCUCAAGGAGGAGCCGAAGAUGUUGAGAAGGAGGCGGAGAACUGCGGCGGAAGAUGGAUCGAUAAAAGCACAGACAUGCGGCUCGGGGAACCCGAUGGGCACUUGGAAUUUACUGUCGUUGGACUCACUAUAGCUAAUGAAAUGUUAUCCCUACUGGGCUCCAUACAAUCCGAUCCGUUCUCUCCGUCACACAUACACUUACCCACUGCCAAGGCUUCAGAAACGUCCGAUGCAGAAAAAGUUGAUACUCAGCUCCGCACACUUACACCUGCAGACGAGGAGGAGGAAGAUGAUAGCGAGGAGGAUACAUCCAAAGUUUUGAGAAGACCAGCCGACCAAAUGAACCCUCGACAAACUGCGGAGACUGAGUAUCAUUCAGCCGAAAAGAAUACGAAGCAGAAGAAGAAGCAAAAGGUUGUCAACAAGUCAGGUGGGGUGGGGGCUAUAAUAAAAAAGAAGAGUUCUGGGAAGGGAAAAGAUCAAAACUUGUAGCGUACUAAAUUCGCUCGCAAUUGUUAUGUAUCGUCGGCUAGGCGGUCCCGGUCAACUUUUGUGUUUCAAACGGUCUGCUCAACCUACUUCCCGUCGCCUUUGGCGACGAGCAGCCCAUUCAUCCUCCAUCUUACCUGUUUCAAGACCUCACCGAUCGACAGAGAAGACGCCAUACCGAUGUAUCAAGUUAAAAAUAACGAAAUGCAAUGUUUUUU